UUGAGAGCUGACUGCAAUAGUAGGAGAUAAAAAUGUCAAGCCUACCACUCCCAGAAGAUAUAAUCGUUAACAUUCUUUCCCGGUUACCAGUGAAAUCAAUCUUACGAUUCAGGUGCGUCUGCAAGUCUUGGUGUCGAUUAUUUCGUGACCCUGAUUUUAUUAAAUAUCAUCUAGAUCAUGAAACUGAAAAAGAGAAUUUUAGUCUUUUGUGGAGUUAUAAUGGAGACAUUUGCUCCACAGACUACAAUUAUGAAUAUUCAUCAUCGUCGUUACAAUCAAAACUCUAUAAUGAAACUGUUCAUUUAGAUUGCUCUGUCGAUGCAGAAUUAGAAUCAAAAUUUUACUAUGAUUACGAGAAACAAAUGCGUAAUAGGACAUGUGAUAGUUAUUUUUCAAGGGAUUAUUUUUCUAUUAAAAAUUCUUGUAAUGGUGUGGUUUGCUUGAUUGCUCCCAGUAUAGUUGUCCUUUGGAACCCAUGUACAAGAGAAACCAUGAAAAUUCCAUGUAUAAACGGGUGCGAUAUUGGUUUUGGUUAUGAUUCUGAAACUGGUGAAUUCAAGAUGGUAGAACUUUCAAAAAUCGAUCCGAUAAAAAGAAGGAGAACAGGCACAGGGUAUUCAAAUUCUGAAGACCGGGAGAAUAGUCUGCGUGUCUAUUCAUUUGAUCAAUCAAAUUCAUGGAAAGUCAUUCCAAAAAUACCAUACAAAAGUACUUCUUAUGAUAUUAUACUCUUUAAUGGGGCUUUCCACUGGUUGGCAAGGCCAUGUAAUGGAUCCAAACAGGUUUUAGUUUCUUUUGUCAUGCAUGAUGAGAGCUUCCAUGAAGUCUUGCUGCCACAAGAUUUAUAUCGUGAUGAUUUAACUAGACCGCCUUCAGAUAGAAGUUUGACAGAAGUGGUUGUCUUGGGAGGAUUGCUUGCUUUAACUCAUACUCUUUACCAUACUCGAACAGAAAUAUGGGUGAUGAAGGACUACAGAGGAACAGAUUCUUGGACUCAACUUUGAAUCAUUACCUUGCGGAUGAUUUGUAUACAUCCACUUAGACGCUCGACUGUUAUACGGUCUUUCAAGAAUGGUGAGUUACUAUUUCAAAUUUAUCCUCCUAGUCAGGAUGGAACAUGUCUGUUAUUAUAUGACCCUAAUCAUGAAAAGGGUAGAGCUGUAGAAAUCCUUGGUAUGCCACCGCAAAUUCAGAAAUGCUAUAUUUCAAUCAGUUCUUACAUCAGGACCUUGGCGUCAGUGAGACGCAAUACUUCAAAGGCAGCAACUCAAAGAAAGAUGACACUUAGGAGCUGGAACAAGAGGCAUUUGCUGCGACAAAUUGGAGGAAAUUUGAGACAAGUCGAAGCUGCUGAUUAGAUUUGAAGGUUAGGAUUCUUACAGCUUCUUCAUUGGUGAAUGUGGUUAUUUCAUCAUAUAUGGCAUCAUUCACAAUCCUCUUAAUCAAAUGGUGAAUGGAGAUAUUAAGAGUAAAAAGUUGGCAUCUCUGACCAAACUCGUCAAAUUCAGCCGAGUUACUCGCGAGUACUCGCUAAUUAGCCGAGUCGAUUCUGACUUCGUCACCGGGACAUAGUAAUUGUGGAGGUCGUCCAAGUC